AUGGAAGCAAUUAAAUAUGACCCGGGGUAUCAGGAAACCUUGUUAAGCACAUUGAAAUUACACUUGGCAGCGAACAAAGUGAUAUUGCAUCGGAAGCAAUAUUUUCAGCCUGCUGAACGUGUAAUCAGACGUCAAACAAUCUAUUUUAGAUACCAAAUUAAUGACGAAAUUGAUAUUGAAGUUAAGAAAACACCGUUUAUAAUGAAAACAAUCAAUCCAAACAGUGCAUAUUAUCUGGUCUAUGAAAUUAUUCGUUGUUGUCUGGUAAUUUUUCAGUUUUUCAUUUUAAGUUUACAAAUGAAUCUACUCUAUGAAUACAGGCAUAACAUACAAAAAUUACAUAUAACGUGCGAUGUUUUGAGUUGGAUUGACAUCUUUAUAAGGCUACGCUUGCAUUACUAUCGCAGCGAUGGAAUCUUAGUAACCGAUUUUAAGUCUGUUGCCAAACAUUACAUAACGCACGCGUUUGCGGUGGAUUUUUAUGCAUCUUGUCCAUUUUCCACUCUUUCCGUGGAUGCAAUGAUCAAUAUUUCAAAACCGGUUGUUGUCAAACACUUUUUACUUUGUUUGUCACGACCUCUUCAGCUCUACCGUGUCUUUCUUGGCAUUUCCUACUUAUGCCCCAGGAUUAAAGUAACGUCUGAAGUGACCAUAGUGCGAAUACAAUGUAUUCUUUUUAUGAUGGUCGUUAUCCCAAUCGGUGCAAAUUUACUUGUAUUAAGCGCGUGUGUCAUUGAUUCCGAUAGUCUACGUUGCCCUAUGAAUGGUUGGGGUGGAGGUGAUAUUACCGAGAUUACCCCAAUGACAUCACUGGUACAUUAUGCAUAUUUAGCUUCUUUGUAUCUUCACGGAUGUCCUUUUAAUGGUUAUGCAGAGAAGAGCAAUUUCAGUUAUACAAUUUACCUCUUUAUUACAUUGAUAUCUUUAUCGCUAGCGUGGUUCAUGAUGUCAAAGUUGAUAAACCUCGGGUUGCAUGGACAAUUUAUGACUUUACGUCUGCAAAAUGAUCGUACUCAUUUUCAAAAGUUUGCAAAACUGGAAGGUGUCAAUUCUAAAUUAACUAAAAGACUAUUAGAAGUGAAUUCACUUUUGACUAAAAAGUCUAGUCGGACGGCACUGCAAGAAGCUAGCAAAAGACUGCCUCCACAAUUAUUCAGUGAUUUAACGUAUGGAUUUAAUGAACUAUCCUUUAAGAACAACAAAUUAUUUUUUGAUGCUGCACAUUCCAUUCAGCGACACUUAGCAUCUCAUUUUAAAAGAAUUUUCUUCAUAAAAGACGACAUUAUAAUUCGUAAUAAUGAUAUUAACCAAUACAUAUUUAUUGUUGUAAGGGGAAGCGUAAAGGUCUCUGUCGCAGGAUGCAAAAUUGCCGUUAUGCAAGUUGGAGGCAUGUUUGGGUGCUUAAGCGAUAAGAAAAGAAUUAGACAACUUAUUGAUGUUACUGCUGCAACACAUACGGAGUGUAUAUACGUUAAAAGCACAGUAUUGAAUCGGUACCUCUAUAAUUACAAAACCGUGAAACGUCGAAUAUCAAGUUAUGUAAAGCAAAAUAUGGAAUAUGUCGAGGCUUGCGCAGCAACUGCAAAUGAUGACAGCUCAACUAUUCAAGUACUGCCACCUACUCAUACCACACGUUACACCCGCUUUUUUAAGAAACUUCAACAAUCACUUCAUAGAAGUCGAGGAGGAUUUCGAACAUACUACUACCUUUUAAACGUGCACCUGUCAGCGUUUAGCACAAUGUUUAUCUUGAUUCUGCAGAUGGUAGCAAUGCACGAAGACCUAAGCUAUCAUUUUUACAUAAUAUUAUAUUUGUUGGACGCGAUGUUUAUCGUGAAGAUACUUCUUAGCUUUACGUUACCUUUUGUUGAUGCGACGUCUGGCAUUGUUGUUGUGAAAAUGAAGACAAUUAUUUUUAGGUAUUUGAUGAAUGAGUUUGCAAUAGACCUGGCAAAUGUCCUAAUGCCCGAAUUAUAUUUUGGAUAUUUUUUUAGUUCAGAAUUUCAUGUUGCAUUACUUACUUCAAAUCGCAUUCUACGGAUUAUUCUUUUCGCCCGAUAUUAUAAUAGAUCUCGUGUGAGUAAUAAUUUGACUCACUCACUACGCCGAAUUUUUAUUGCUUAUAUAACGCUUAUCUACCUGCAAUUCACCACGAAUGUAUGGUUUUAUGUCGCCUGCAGUUUGCAUGUUGGUCGCUAUCGCAAAUUUGUCUCUCAUGCACCCGAAGAAUACAUUCCCAUAUUAACUUUGUAUCAUACUUACCUAUUUUCUUAUGUGCACGUGUUGAACGUCUUCACUGGAAAUGGCGUGAAAGCAAUCAAGCCACUGAACAUUGAAGAGAUCAUCGUUACCAUAAUUAUUACCAUCUCGUCUGUGUUCAUGAUGAGUGCUAUUGCUAGCCGAUGCGCUUUGGUGCAAAUAAUCGAUAAUUAUUCACUAAAUUAUUACCGAAACAAGAUCGACGAGGUCAAGACGCACUUGACAAAUUUACGCCUAUCUCCGUAUAUUCUGCACAAAUUGGUAAGGUACUACGAGUUCAUUUGGAGGAUCCAGAGAGGAAAUCAAUUCCCUAUGCUGAUUAAUGAAACAGGAAGGUAUCUGCGUGAAGAUAUCAGAAUAGAUCUAUACAGUGAAUUGAUACUUCAAAAUGCCAUAUUCAAAAAUGCUCAUAAAGACUUUAUACGACAAAUGUUGGUGAAUUUGAAACGGUUUGCAUAUCCCAGAUCAAUGGUUAUCGUGCAUCAACAUGAAGUGAAUGGCAGCAUGUAUUUUAUACAAAGCGGAAACGUUGCGAUUGUCGAUGUCAGUACGAAUGGCGAUAUGAAGAAAGUUGGUUUUUUAAAAGCAGGUCAGAGUUUUGGCGAGGUUCAAGGAUUGACUAUCGCGCCAUUUCAAUUCACCUACGUUGCAGAAACCUUAGUGAUAGUUAUGUCUUUAAGAAAGAAGAGCUGGGCAUAUUUGCUAGAGUUUUUUCCAGCAACGAUGAAUAACAUCCAGCAGAAUUUGAGCGAACAUUUUGGUGUUACAGACAAGAUAUAAGUCUAAAUAAACCAUUAAUGCUCAACAACUGUGUAUUACAGCACUAAAUCAUAAUUUACGAAAUUAUACUACUAAAUUAGAUCUACAUUACACGGUCGAACGCCAUGUCGUAGCACAACCGUUUUCACCAAAUUGGGUUUUGCACAUGAACCUGACAUCGUAGGAGAACCAUUAUUUUAUCAGAUUGGGUUUUGCACCUGAACCUAACAUCGUAGGAGAACCAUUCUUUUAUCAGAAUCGUGCGUAUCUCAACAGCGAUAGUGACCUCGUGCAGUUGCUGUCGACUGUGUGCAACUCAAGGCAUACGCAGUUCCAUUUUGGUUCUCGACUGAAUCGCGCGUUUUCAUUGCGACUACUUUUUGUUCUUCAAAUCAUAAUUAGAUAAAGUUCGGAAUGUUCAAUUAACAAUUGACGGCAUUUACUGAAAUCGGAUGUGAAUGUGGUUUUGCUAGUGAGAUAGCAUGCGUUGAAUGUUCAUCAAUCGCGUGUGAUGUUCCGUCGGCCGUCGGUGAUUGUUUUUCGCUUGUGGAAUUACAUUGCACUCGUGUUAACCUAUGUGUAAAUAACCCGCGUGUCCAGACAGACUUAAUAAUAACUUGGAUUUAUGUAACAACGUUGGUGCCUGUUGAAGAAGUUUAGGAACACUUGCGCCAAGAGAUGCGCAUAUUACAAGGCAAGUUUUACUUUCAAGAGAUUUAAGAGCUGCCUAUGAUUUUCGAUUAAAAAAAAAUGAUUGACGGCUUGAAUCAUAUUCCAUAUAAAUCUUAAGUGCGUCGAGCGUGUACAAUAUAUAGCUGUUGUUUGUGUUGUGUUGAUGUUUUUAAAAAGUUGAAUAAAGUAGAAACAUAAAUAGAAGAAUCAAAUAUCAAUGAUGUAAACACUCGGUGGUCGAGUGGAGACGUGCACCUGCUGGCAUGCUAGCAGACACGGAUCGAAUCUCAGGUAUAAAAGGCAUUUUUCUCAAAUAUAAAAAUAACAGGUGUAAUUUGGGUGGCAUAUGUAAACUCAAAUAAAAUAUAAGAGAAAUUGCAAUACAAGUGAAGGCAAUAAGAGAAGUAAGAAAGUAAGUGGAGAAACGGAGAACAACGAGAAAUAGGAGAAAUAGAAGAAGGAAUAGCCAGAGAAGAGUAGAAGACAGAAGGAAGAGAACAGAGUAGAGAAGAGGAGGAGAUAGAAGAAAGAGCAACAGGAGUGGAUCAGAUU